AUGAAUGAGAUCAAUACAUGGGAGAAAGAAACGAUACAAAAGAUAACCGUGGCAGCUGAACAAGCGAGAGAAAAGGUUCGGCAGUUGCUCCACAAAACUGAAGACACCAUAAAGCAACAAUUAGUGGAAAUAUCUAUGGAACUUCAGGAAGGCAAAGUCGAAGAAAAUUAUGUUGAAUCUACUCUCGAUCGAUGGAAGGAGCAAUUGAACGAAUAUAAACAGCGCUUGGAAUCAUCAAACGUGAGUGUUUCAGUCCAUUCAAAACAGAUUGAUUGGACAACAAUAAUUAAAGUGAAUGGCAAUCAAUCAGAUAAUAAAUCUACUGUGGAAAAAUUCCAUUCAGUACUAGGAAAUGUUCGAUUAGAAGAUAAUGGUCUCGUUGCGGUACAAAGCGGGAGCAAUUGGUCUGAAGUUCGGGGUACCGGAUUGUAUAGUUCAGGUGAACAUCGUAUUUCUCUAAAAAUUGACAAAACACGUUUAAAACAAAUAAUGGUAGGAAUUAUAUCAUCGACAGGUGCACUGAACGUGACAUCCUACUCUUCAAAGUCAAGUUACGGGUGGUAUUGCUAUGAUACAAGAGCUUAUCUAAAUGGUGUUUCCACGUCCAGUUAUUACGACGGUGACAUACAAAGUAAUGAUGAACUACUAUUGAUGAUUAACUGCGACGAAAAUAAACUGUCAUUGGUAAAUAAGCGAACUGGUAAAAACUAUGAAAUACCAAUCGAUAUCCACCAAGCACCAUUCCCUUGGCAAUUGAGAUUGAACAUGUAUGAUACAGGUGAUGUUGUUCGAAUUUUAGUAUAG